GAGCGAGUGCAAUCAUCCUGUUUUCUUUUUUUUUCUGAGUCCAUCUCUGUCUCGGGGAAGAUGGAGGGUACGGCGUACGGAGCGGCCAGGGCCGGAGGAGCCUUCGACCUCCUCACGUUCCUCCAGCAGCCUCACACCGUCCUCCGCAUGGUUUCCUGGCUUUUCUCGUUAGUAAUAUUUGGCUGCAUUGCUAACGAGGGCUACGUGAACAGGCCGGACGAGGUGGUGGAGUAUUGCGUCUUCAACCGGAACCAGAACGCCUGCAACUACGCAGUAGGCAUGGGCACUCUGGCCUUCAUCUGCUGCAUGGCCUUCUUGGCACUGGAUGUGUAUUUCCCACAGAUCAGCAGCGUGAAGGACCGCAAGAAGGCCGUACUCGCCGACGUCGGGGUGUCAGCGUUUUGGUCCUUCGUCUGGUUUGUUGGCUUCUGCUUCAUGGCCAACCAGUGGCAGGUGGCAAAACCUGAUGACAAUCCGCUGAAGGAGGGUGCAGACGCCGCUCGCGCCGCCAUCACCUUCUCCUUCUUCUCCAUCUUCACCUGGGCAGGUCAGUCUUUCCUGGCUUUCCAGCGCUUCAAGUUAGGGGCGGAUUCGGCCCUGUUCUCGCAGGACUACACCGACCCGAGCCAGGAUGCCGCCGCCGCUCCAUACAGCGCCUUCACCAGCGGCGACGAGCCCGAGAGCCCUGGGGGAACAGGCUCAUACCAGCAACCCAACGGAGAAGGGAUGUACGAUGGGUCUGCAGGAUACCAGCGUCAGGAUUACUAACUACAUGGAGGAAAGGCAGGAAGUGGAGCUGUGUUAGUUCUACAGCACAGUGGCAUGGAGUUUUGUAAGGGUUUUUUCACACCUGGCUCGUUUGGAACGUUUGUUUCAUAAAACAUGGCACGUUUUUUUCCCUUGGUUCGGUUCGUUUAGCAUUAUAUCAACACGGCAAUCUUGGUGGACAAAAAUGGACAUCCAAUACACCAACCUGUAUAGCAGUUCAUGAUGGGAAGUGUGUUAUAGCAUGUUUGUUUAGCUAAACAGACCUAAUAGCUAGCAACAUGAAUUAGGGGUUAAUGUGUCAGGUGGAGCUUGCUUAAACUGCUAAAUUCAACUAGACACAGUGAGGUCACAGAGAAACUGACCCUCCUUCUUGAUGGAUGAGUGCUACGAGCAGAACCCCUAGAACAUAAACAGAUAUAUUCUGGCCAAUGAGAGGGCAGUUUACUCACAUGCGAUUUACAUAAACACAUUGUGGUAUGCUGUACCACAUUGCCGUGUAAAAUCGAACCGAGCCAAGGCGAGAAUGCAAGAUAGAUAGGUAACAACCAGUUUCAGAACAAAGCACAGGUCUGAAAACACCCUAAGAGACGUUUCCAGCCAACAUCAUGAAUUUGACAAGUUCUGAAUGUUUUCAGCCGUCUAGACAGUUUUAUUUAACUCUUUUUUUCCUCAUCAUUAUGAGUGUUGGCCUUUAUUUAGAUUUGAAAGAAGGAGUGAUGGAGAAAAAGCAAGGACUGAGGUUUGCCUUUAAAGAGGUAUACAGUACGCGAUUAUACCAGUUUGCCUUGAACCUUCAUUUUAUCCAGCGUGUUGUCUGAGUAAUCCAAACCUUCUUGUUGAGGGUUCUGAAAAUAGACAUAUUAUAUUCAGCCAAUAAGCAAGCACAGCAACGGAGGCAAUGCUGAACAAAUUACACUAUUAAUCCGGAUAUUACACUGGAGAACGGACAAAAUGACUACAGCGUUACCUGGUUUAUUCUGGAGACAGGCAUUGUACUAGCAGCAAUGUUUAACAAGUACCUGUCUUAUUGUGUAGCGUUUAAACCAAAAACAAACCAUUGCAUUUGGGUCACCAUUCUUAAUCUUUUAACCCAGAAGUCCUCCAGCCAGUGGAUUUGCAGUUGAUUCACUAGUCGGUUUUGCUUAAGCUGAAACUAGCAGAAGCUAGACUGAAUAUCUGGUGCUAAACACAGCACUGCUGUUGGCUAACUAGCAAGCCGAACAUUAUCAAGUAUCCUAGCAGAAUGUUCAUUUUUUCCCCCCUUUUAGCAUUUUAAUUAUUUUGAACAGCACAAAUUAUAACACAGACAAGUAAAGAAGCUUGCUAACAGUUUGAGAUUUUCAGUAAUUCAAUAUAAGGGCAGCGAUCAUCCAAUACAUUUGUCAAGCUAGGAAGCUGCCUUCUAAUUGGAAAGUGUGAUAUAAAUAAAAAAAUUAAAAAAAGGGAGGGACUCCUAUCGUUUUGUAGCCUUUUAAUACAGUACCCAUGUGUUGAUGAGUGUCUGAUUUGUACUGGAAACGAAUACACAUGAAAAACAAACAAACAAACAAACAAACAAAACACUGCCGCUAACGCCCGUGAUCACAGCGCCUCCUAGUGCUCGCGUCAAACGUUCAAAUGAGCUGCGUUUAUUUUCCAUUUCAGAAUGAAUUAAUUAUAAAUCUCAGUGUGAUGAUGGGAAAUGAAGCUGUAAACGGUAGCGGAAUGGAGAACAGCUCUCUUGUUUUAUUUAUUUCCGCCUAUAACAUGCCCUUGUCGACUUCACUUCAUGACUUCCACAUGCGUGUCGGCUACGUGGCGCGAUCCCCAGUUUUUUGGUCGUGUCGUGCUGCUAUUAGUUAGCCGUUUUCUUCCCCAGCACACGAUAACGUUUGCUAACUAUGGCAGCUUGCAUGCUAAUUAAAUAGCUUGCGGAAAUCUCUCUGUAUGUUGUAUAGUUGGAGUAAACAUGGCUACGUUUCGGUGCGUGCCACUGUCACUACUCGAUCCGAACCGGAGACACGAUUUGUACUGCGCAUGUGCGAAAUUGCGGCCACACAUUAUUAGUUGAUUAUAAUAACAGUAGUGUCACUAUUUCGCGCAUGCGCAGAACAAAAUCACAUGUGCGGUACAAAUCGUGUUUAUUUAUAAAAAAAAAAAAAUAAAACAAUAAAUGCACGUCAGCGCCUAAUACCAUAGAAAGAUCACCACAGAAAUCCCUGUCAGAGGUUUCUAGAAAAUAAUAAGGUGAUAAUGUAUCUCAUAGUGUCUCACAAGUCUCUGUACAUAGAUGGAAAUGAACACUUUUUAGCCAAAUGACUUUAAAUCAUUUUCAUACAUAGUUUAUAUACUGUAUAUUAUAAAUAUUUUUGUCAGAAAGCCAUUAAGAAUUUUUUUGAGGAAAGAAUAAUUAUUGUCAUGGCUGGAUCGGGAAGCUGUAGCUGUUGAGUUUCUUCAUGAGCAAGGGUCGACGACUGUGUGUGUGUGUGUGUGUGUGUUCACAAAGAAAUGGCGAUCAUUUAGAGAUUUUGUAAAUAAAGUUACAUUUUGCUAAAAAGUGUGUGUACAGAACAUUUUGGGACAUCUUGCGUUCGAACGAAUGCAUUAUUAUCAACUUUCUGGCCAAUCAGAAUCGAGAAUUCUUUGGGAUAAAUCACUUUACAUUGCAGUGGAUAUGUGUGGCUUGGGAAAAUAAUAUAAUUACAUAACGUGGGCUUAUUUAAAAGAUAUUUCUAAGAUGUUUUGUCCACCAAGUGUGUCUUCUCAUCUAGCGUCUGAGCCUGGUAGCCCCGCCCCCUUUCCUAAAUAAUCACCAUUCCUCACUUCGUUUUAUUAUUAUUAUUAUUAUUAUUAUUAUUAUUAUUAUUAUUAUUUUCAUAUUUGAAUAACUGUCUCAUCCGGGUACUUGAAGUGCACUUGUUCUCGUUUGAAUAUUAUUAGAACAUAAUACAGUAAAAGGUUUUUAUCGACAAUUCGUCUUGCAGACAGUAGAGGGCGCCAAAAUGCGCGUUUCUAUUAAGGGUUAUUUCAUUUAUUUCAUAAAUAGCUUAAGAUGUUUUUUUCUGAAUAAGAAGAAGUCGACAAGGGCAUGUUAACACUGUGCUAGAACACAAUGUUAAGCUGUAGUCAUGUUUAAAAGACUCAAUUGCUCACUAGUAACACCUUUUACGACGGUAGCAUCAACAUCUGGAGGUUGGCAUCUCAACAUCCACCCUGCUUUCGUACUCAGAUUCUUCUCCAGCAUCGGUCAUCUCUGCUUUAACAAAAGAAACUCAUAGUAACACAGACAUAUGUGAAUAGUCAUGGCUGUACAAAUGAAAAGUUAUUUACCAAAAUCCAUCCAUAUUUUUCUGUGCUGGUGGAGCUUAUUUUUCAAUAUGAUGAUGGUUAAAUUAUUGUUUUUUUCAGACAAUAUUUUUUGCUUAAUGUGUCUGAAGGAACUGACUCUUUACUCCAAUGUCAUUUCAUAUAACAGUAUAUAUGUAAAUCUGUAAUUGAAUAUAAAACUUUAUUUUAAAAAAACAUUUAAGAUGUGAAAAGUAUACACAACUCUGGUGUCCUUCAUGCUCCUGUAUUUACGUGACCAUCUCUCUCUCUCUCUCUCUCUCUCUCUUUCUCUCUCUGUGUGUGUGUGUGUACUGAACAUGUUUUUUUUUCUGAAUAAAAAAUAAAAUAUGGUUUUAUUUUGGAAUAUUACAUAUUAAAACGAAUCAAUAUAAAACAGUUGGCAGAUGAAACUAUAUAGCUCCGUAAAAUUGUGUGACCUUCUCUGUGUUAUUCUAGAUAGCUACAGAAAAAAAAAAAAAAAGGAAAACGAGUCUAUUAAGUGCUACUGUUUUUGAUGUAAUGGAUUUUAUGUAUAUUUAAAACACAAUAAAGAAAUGUAUAACCAAAAUA